CACCCCUCGGGCCCACCCCAUAGGGCUCUGCGUGGCCGACCCCUACGAGAUCACCGUGAUGAAGGAGUUCUUCAUUGACCUACGCCUGCCCUACUCGGCGGUGAGGAACGAGCAGGUGGAGGUCCGCGCCAUCCUCUACAACUACUGGAAGAACAAGAUCAAGGUACGUGUGGAGCUGAUGUACAACCCAGCCCUAUGCAGCGCGUCCACCUCCAAGACUCGCUACCAGCAGAUCUUCCAGUUGGAACCGCAGUCGUCUCACGCCGUCCCCUUCGUCAUCGUGCCCUUGCAGUUGGGGCAGCACGACGUGGAGGUGAAGGCGGCUGUCUGGGAUAGUUUCGUGUCUGAUGGCGUCAAGAAGAAGCUCAGGGUGGUGGUGAGUAAGGCCUCGAUGCCACCUUGGGCCUCAGAUAUCCCCAUCUCCUCCUGGAUGCAUCAUCAUCAUCCUCAUUCAUCCCAAUGUUGGGUACCCAGAGAUGAAGGCUCCCCUAUCUGGGUUGUCUCUUGG